ACAUCAGACAUUUGACAACAAUCGACUUGUCAUUUCAAUUGAUUUUAAUCAUCGUGUCAAAUUAAACUCGUGGGUUUGUUUACUUAAAAGUUGAAUAAAAGCGUAUAAAAAAUAUUGUAGAAAUAAGUAAAGAUUUAUAUAAAAAUCAUAUAAGACUUCAGGAUGAAUAAGGUUUUGGAGAAGAUUUGUGAAGUGGAUCCCAAUGAUAGUGAUGCUGUAAAAGAAGCAGUUUCGACAUUUUGCAGUAAUCUACCUAAUCAGACAAGAACAGAUGCCCACAGAUGGCUGCGCGCGUUAGAAGACGUGAUAAACCGUUUUCCGAAGUUUUGUGGAUCACAUCGCCCUACCAUAGAGAAGUAUGUGGCUGAUUUUCUAAAGUCGAGCAACUAUUACAAUGUUAUUGAAGCUGCUAAAUGCGCACAAGCCUUGCAACAGGUAAAACCAUCACAAGAUAAAGGGGCAACACCGAAAGCCUGUUGGAGGGAACAGAUGCUCCUGUUAUGUAAUGCAGCUCAUUCAUUAAUUGAGAAUCUAUUUGCAAACUCAAUUAGCGCACACAAGAAAUCUGAUAAAGGAGAGGGACAAGACGCACAACUUCUCUCAAACACACCUUUAACAAUAGCAUUACAAAAUAUUACUAAAAUUCCAAAAAGAAAUACGAACAUCGCUCAGAACAAAAAGACAGCUAUUUUUAUAAGAUUAAGAAACAUAUUUGUAUUCAUACAGGCAAUGCUUGUUGAAAUUUAUCCGGUAGCAAAACCCAUAAGGCCACAGACAAUAUUAGAAGUGGUAUUACAAGUUGUUAGUGUAACUGACGGAGUUAACAAUGUAGGUUUAGAGAACUUAGUUGGUGUAAAAACUGAGGCUUUGAAAACAUUGGAUGCACUAGUGGCAUGUUUAGGUGCCAACCUCGUGCCUUUUUCGCCUUUGGUAUUUAGAUUCAUAAUGCAGACACUUCGGUGGAGUUCGGAAAGUGAAUCAAAAGAAUAUGAGAAAGUAAGAUGCGCAGCAUACAGCAGCCUCGUACGAUGGCUAAGAGUACUUCACGUACAUAAGCCGUCGCAUGAGGGCAGAGGGAAGCUGUGGGAGGAUGAAUUGACUGAACACAUAAUAUCUGACAUCACACCACCUAAACAAGUCAUAGAACUUAAUGUUAACGCUGCAAUACCAACAAAGAAUCUAAGUAAAAAAGCGAAAAGGAAACUGGCAAAUUCUAUGCUUCAAGAAAGUUCUAUGGCAGUACACAUACCGGGCGAGAAAAAAAAGAAUAAUUUAACUGGAGAAUUAAGUGAUGAAGUAGCUGUUGCUGCAUUGGAAUGUGCUGAAACUUUAUUUAUUACUUGUGGGAUAUUUUUAAAACCUGCAACUCAUAAGGUGUUCCAAGAGCGUCUAGUCCGUGAAUGCUUCGUGCUAGAAUCCUACAGCUCGUCCCGGGCCUUAGGUUUGCUGCGAGCGUUAGAGGCAGCUCGUCGAGGUGUCCCGCCCAGCAUACCGCCACCCACCAGCUACUGUCUGCAACUCUACAGCAGCCUGCUCGCACAGAACUCAGAGAUAUCCCAAUUCUGUUCCCAAGCAUUAUUAGACAUCAGAUUACAGUUGCAUUGUUCGCCUCCAUCACUCAACUUCGCGCUAGAAAUACAACCUGAGAUUAAAAAGAGAGCAGAAGAAAAAAGGAACACAAUAUCAAAGAGGAACAGACAAGUCCUAGAAUCUUUAUUAGGUGCAGACAGAAUGCCAGCAGAAAACAUGGACGAAGAUGUCAUAAGCAUACCAGAUGAGCCUAUAAGUAAAAAGUCACGUCAAGACACCGAACCUGAUCAAAUCAGUCUGAGCAGUGCAUCAGUUAAAUCCAUUGAUGGCAGCUAUGAAUCGGAUGUAGAAGAUAAUGAUGAAGAAAAUGACAGAGUCGUGGAAAGCAUUACAAGUAAUGAAGAGAAUAUCUAUGAUAUUGAAACAGUUGUUGAAAUAACACCUCAAAAUGAAUCUGAAGAUUCACAAGACGUCACUGACAGAAUCGAACGGAACGUAACUGUCAUGAUUGCAGAAGAUAUUGAAAAUGUACUCUCAAAUGUUGAAAAUGAAGAUAAUAUGAGUCAACCAAUUGUUGCCCAAACAAAUAAAACUAUUGAGUCAAAUGUUGAUGAUAAAAAAGUAGUAACAGAUGUAAAAGAUUCGGAAGAUGUAGAUAAGACUCCUGAAGUAGACAAAUUAGAGGCUACCGUAAAAGAUACAAGCAAUGUACCAGUAGGUACCAUUAACGAUGACAUAAGUCAGCAAACUACCAUUGUAGAUAUUGAUGAACAUCUUCCAAACACAAAUGAAACUGAUGACUCUGACCUUACUUGUGGACAAGCUUGUGUGAGUUCUCAAGUCACAGUUGAAAAUAUUGAAAUAGAACCGAAGUUAGAUGAAGGUAACAAAGACAAUGAUAUUCCGAAAGAAAACGGAAUUCCAAGUUCUCCAGAAAAGAUAUGUGAGAAUGGAGAUGUUAAUGUAGAAGCAGAAAGUGCUCCUAGUAAAACAGUUGAAAAGAAUGACAGUUUAACUGUUGAAGACAUGUUAGCUGAUUUUGUUGAUGAAGUAAUUGAGGAGAGCAAAACUGAAGCUUAAUUAAUAUGUGCCAAGAUUUAGGAUUUGAGAAAUAUUCUUAAUAUGCUUAAUCCUAAAAAAAGCCUGUAUCUGUAAUUCCCAUUAAAUUCAUAAAGAUAUUAUGUGCUUAACUUAAUGAUAGUGUCAAAUGCUAUGUAACAGAUCUAAUUAUUCCUGUACAAUAUUUUUGCCAAUAAACAUUUGCAAUAA